AUGGCUUCCUUCAAGGCGAAAGCAGCAGACGUAGGUGGAGGCUCUGGUUCCGCUCUAAGUCCAACCCUUCUCAUCGUAUCUGGACUCGCGACGGUGGUGGCAACAUUGGUCUCAGCCAUAUCGAUCUACCUGCACCUCAAAAACUACCGGAAACCUAUAUUGCAACGGUGA